AUGGCAUCCCUUGAUGACCCAGCUUUGCUUCUCAAUAUGACAAUGCAAUUAAUGCAGGAUAUUGAAGAUGAAUUUGAGAGGAAAAUGCAAGAGGAACAUCGAACUGAAAGCAGCCCUGACCAAUAUGAAAGACUUCGCUCCAUCAUUCAAGAACUACACUCACUAUCAGAUGGCCUUGCAAAACCGACAACCAGAAGAGAAGCACGUACUACUGAAACUCCAAAACUUACUGAAAAAAUUUCUCCAUACUACAAUUACUGUCUUUCUCCUCACAAACCUCAGAAUUUAUUCUGCAAGUCAGCCUCUUCUUUCCACCAUAUGGAUAGGAUUCUACCAUCUUUCAUGUGCAUUAGUAUGUCUAAAGUUACAAAAACCCAUGGAAAAGGAGUAAACUGUGAAACACUUGAAGCUACUGAACCAGAGAUAAACGAUAAAAUGAUUGCAUCACUAUUGGAUAUAAAUAGAAAAACUGAAACACGUACAAGUAUGGAUGAGUUGCAUAGCAACAAGCAAGGAUGUUUUAACAAACACCCCAUGAAUAAGAUUAGUGUGAAACGUAGCAGUGAUGGCGAGUCAGAGACAAUUAAACGACAAGUGAUUCAAGGUGCAGCACACAGAGGUAGGUACGCCUCGGGCUACGAAGAUUUAUCAAAUGGUAGCACUAACAAAACGUCCGCUAGAUUAAUCAGCCUUCUGAAUAGCGUGCUGAAUCUUCAUUCUGGUGUAAAAGCCACGGACACAGAAGAAGCCGUCCCACCAACAGAAGUGAAAGUAAUUCCUAAAAACACAAACAGCACUGAUCUGUCUCAAGUUUUGGAUGAUUUGUUUAAGGUGGUGACAUUCAAAAUAUCCAACGAGGCUUUUUCAAAGCUGUUUUUUCCAGAUGACUCAAACGCAGAGAGCAAUGCAUCCAAUAAACUUACAUCUGCAACGAACUCAAAUAUAAUGAGUGAGGACAUUUUUCCCCCAAAAGCAGUGAAAAAAGAUAAAACUACCAUGACUGAAAUUAGAAGUAGGAAAUUUCCAGAUGAAAGACUUGCUGGAAGAAAAGAAAACACCGCUCUGUCACAAUUUGAUCAAAACUAUCAAAUAAAACACCAUAAUGGAAAGAAGAAUAUUGAGAAAAUUUUGAGAGACAUGGAUGAGAUAAUUGCUAAGCAGUUUGGAAGAGUAAACCCACAGAGGCUGUCAGCUACCACAGGAUCCCCAUUACAUAUGGAUGAAAUACUUCAACAAAUGCAAAUUUUGAUUGAUUCUUCAUCUGGAACUCCUUCAGAGGAACCAAGUAACCACAUAAAAAAGUUUGAAUCGACAGUAAAACAAGAUCGUAAAGGCAUGUCCGAGAUAACGGAUGAGAUGGAUAAACUUCUACAUAUUGAAGGCGUGAAGUCUCCCUCAAAAACUUCAUCUGCAUCGGACUUCCAGAGCAUCCUUGAUCAAAUGGAUGCAGUUAUUCAGGAACAGAAAACAUUCGCAGUCAAUGCAGGAACGCUGAGGGCCUUGCGGAGCAGAAGGCGAAGAAGUAUAUGGGAAAAGGGCCACAAAAACCAUCUGUUCCGUUCAAGAUUACUAGUACUACCAACGAAGUAUCGUACUAUUCUCAGCACUAAAGAAACGAAUGAAGAGCCGUGCACGCUUCCUUAUGUAGAUGUUGCUUACAAAGUAUGCAUCCUCCCUGUCCUGGAUCGACAACUUUCAUGGCAUGAUGCUCGUCAGUACUGCAGGUCCCGUGGUCUAGAACUAGUCAUGGAUUCAGCUGUCAUUAAGGGAAGGAAACACUUCAAUUAUCAACUUGGAGAAACUGGCUCUAGAGAACGCUGGACAUUGUGGGUUGGAGGCAGGAAAGAUGAUGAAGGAAAAUGGGAAUGGAUUGAUGGAAUUCCAGUACCUAGCUUCCUUUGGAGUAAAAAUCAACCUCGGACAUAUGACCAGGACUCUAUACCGGCAGGAACCUGCAUGGCUAUUCAUGGAUUUUCUGAAUACUACGGAACUGCUCUGCCUUGUCAUCACAGACGUCGCUUUGUUUGCCAGAAAAUGUAAAUUUCCAGAGAUCACCACACUCAGAAGAGCUUUUUCGGGCUGUAUCCAACAAAUCUGUCUACAGGAACUUCAGCUACUUUAAGCCCUACCUAUAUGAAAAAUAAAAAAAAAAUUCAAAGGAGAGACUUUUAAACUACUUUGAUCCAUGUUAGACACCAGUUUAAUUUGUAUAUGUGGUUCAGAAUGUAUUUUGGUACCUUGAGCGCAAUUUUAAUUUUCAAAUUCAUUUCCAAAAUAUACUAGUGAAAGUUAAGAUACAUUCUGUAAACUACAGAAAAUUAUAAGAACUAUAUUAGAUAGAUGAUAUCAACAGAAUAUUCCUCAGACCUUAAAUGAACAAGUUAGAAUAGAAUUUAAUAAGUAUUCUUCUCUAUUUUGCUACUCACUAGAAAUGUUGUUUAUACUGUGACUAUAUAUUCAAUAUAUAUUUCUUUUAACUGCUGUAAGUAGUAUCUUGCUUUAACUACUAUACGUAGUAUCUUGCCGACAAAUUGAGUUGUCUUGUAAUCCCAUACUAUUAUAUAUGUGCAUAUAUAUAUGUAGCAGACUACUGUAAUCCCAUAUUGAAUAAAUAUAUAAAAAAAAUUUAUAACCAA